CUUUAAAAUAUCAAAAUGACGAACUUUCCUGCUCAUAUGAAUAACAUUUACACUUUUUCCUUACAUCCAAUUUCCUUAUGUCGAACAUUGCUGACGAGAAUCAAAUUCCUAAAAUCCCAGACCUUUACCUUGCUCAUUAUCGUUUCUUAAUCAAUCAAGGUCCUGUAGAACUUAGGGAAGAAUCCAAGACAAAACUUUUUGAGGCCAUCAAAGAGAAUAACAUGGCACCUUUUUACAAGAUCAUGGCUGAAGAAUUACAGGUACCCUUAGACCAAUCCUUUUAUAAUCAAAUGGUGGCAAAGAAUGAAGAAGAGUUGAAGCGAUUGGACGAAAAAGCCAAAAAUGCCGAACAGAAUGAAGGCGAAACAGAAGUGAAUGAAGCAUUAUUAGCAAAGGCAGACUACUAUGCCAAAAUUGGUGACAAAGAAAGCGCGCUUGCCGCCUAUGAUUCUCUGUUAAAGCGAUCGAUCACGACAGGUACACGCAUCGAUAUCAUCUUUACCUUUGUUCGUAUUGGUUUCUUUUUUAACGACAACAACCUUGUCCGUACCAACAUUGAAAAACUACGAGAGCUGAUUGAACAAGGUGGUGACUGGGACCGUCGCAAUCGAUUAAAGGUGUAUGAAGGUGUCUACUUAAUGUCCAUUCGUGAUUUCAAAGGAGCGGCUGCCCUCUUUGUCGACACCCUCAGUACAUUCACGAGCACGGAGAUUAUGACCUAUCAAGAUUUUGUCAAAUACGCUGUCUUGACCAGUUUAAUCAGCAUGAAACGUGUAGAUAUCAAAAAGAAGAUCUUGGACGCUCCUGAAGUCUUGGAAGUGAUUUCUGAUAUUCCUCACCUUGAAGAUUACAUGAAUAGUCUAUAUAACUGUCAGUACUCACAGUUCUUCCGCUCAUUAGCAAAAGUUGAAGAGGCACAUUUGCGUUCCUCGCGUUACCUAUUGCCUCACAUGCGUUACUAUACUCGUGAGAUGCGUAUCUUGGCUUAUGCUCAAUUAUUAGAAAGUUAUCGAUCCUUGACAGUUGCCAGUAUGGCACAAGCAUUUGGUGUAAGUGAAGAUUAUAUUGAUAGGGAUCUGUACAAGUUCAUUGCAGCAGGUCGUCUUAACUGCGUUAUUGAUAAGGUGAAUGGUAUUAUUGAAACAAAUAGACCUGAUGCAAAGAACGCUCAGUACCAAUCGGUAAUCAAGCACGGCGAUGUCUUGUUGAAUAGAAUUCAAAAAUUAAGCCGAGUUAUUGAUGUUUAAUUGUUCUAAUAAUAAAAACAUGACGCCUAUGUGUUUCUUUUACUAUUUUUACUCCAUGAAUUGGAAAUUUGUG